CCGCCUUUUGCGCCUCGACCCCGACUCCAACCUUCAUCAACCACCAGAACAUCCAUCAAAAUGGCUCCCGCGGCGGCAGCUGGUGCGAAGAAGCAGAAGAAGAAGUGGUCCAAGGGGAAGGUCAAGGACAAGGCCCAACACGCCGUCAUCCUCGACAAGGCCACUUCCGAUAAGCUCUACAAGGAUGUGCAGUCGUACCGUCUGGUGACGGUUGCUACGCUCGUCGACAGGCUCAAGAUCAACGGUUCGCUCGCCCGGAAGUGCCUCAAGGACCUCGAGGAGAAGGGCCAGAUCAAGCAAGUGGUGGGACACAGCAAGAUGAAGAUCUACACUCGUGCCGUUGGCGCUGCCGAGUAAACUCCCACAUAUCAUAUCGACGGACCUGACAGGCGGAAUGCAACUUCGUUAGCGGCGGUUCGCUUGAGGUUACGGUUUUUCGGACACGGCUACGUCUCUGGGACUGGGUUUCAUUUGCAGCUCGGUCGGUGUAGCAUAGGGAUCGGAAGUGCUCCAGAUCCUUAGACUGGAAUUGCAUCAAGAUACGAACAACGCCGCCGCUCCGCCCUGUCAGGGUCGGGGUAUGAUCAAGCAAACGACCAUGCCAAAUGACGCUGUGAGAGCCAUUGGACAUUGGCGUGUGUCCCUCGAAGGGAAAUAGACGGGCACAUCAGUGUAGCGAAUUGAUGAUACCCGUCUAAGACUUGCUUGCCCGGUCGUCACAGUGUUGGUUUAUUGCUCCCAUAGUAGUAGACUGAAUCAUCACGACCUACCUGGUCCCCUAUGAAGAAAU